ACCAGUUAGAUUUUUUCCCUCUAAGUGAUUUUUUUUUUCCAGAUAGUACUGCAGUCCCUCAGAAUUACUAGUAUUACUUAUCAUUAAGUCAGCAACUUGCUUAAGCGUGUGAGUUCUUCACUUGGGGGUAAGCCACUGUCUUAGCUUGUUACGGCACAGUGUUACUAGUGUUUGGAGUAGGAAAAUUGUGAAAAUGGAAAUCGUAUGGUCACAAUACCACAGAGGCCUUUAUAGAGAUAAACCCUGUUAAGUUUGUUGUGGCAGUUGUGCAUCUGAACCAAAUAAGUGGAACUUUUGAAACUUAUAUUUUAUAAAUUGUCCAUGGAACUUAACAUUUUAUAAAUUGUUUUUGGUAAUGGAUCCUGGAAAUUACCAUUGUUCUACAGGCAUUUAAGCAUCACCAUCAAAAGAAAUACAGUGGGGGAAAUCCAAGGAAGGGUAGAAAUUUAUCUUAAUUUGUUUGAGUUUGCUUGAGUAUAAUUUAAGUAGCAGAGUGAUGAACUAGUGAGCUGCUUCAUCAGAGGAGUGAUACUGUCCAGGUCAAGCACCCAUUAUCCAAAAUGCUCGGGCUGUUUAUAUAUGUCAUGAAGUAUCUCAGGACUGAACUCCCAAGGGUCUCAACUGAGAAUUACUGAUGCUUUGUAUGCACCAUAUUAACAUGUGCUUUUAGUGUUUUGACUGAAGUCAGAUGUAAUUUUUUCUUGGUGUCACUCUCAGUGCACUCAAAUUGUGGACUGUGGAUUUGUUGAAGUACCCUUCUAUCUCAGGGCAGUGUAGUAAUAGUUAAUGUGCUAUGUUGAAGACUUGAAUUAUAAACUUUAAUCCUGUGUAUUGUUUAAAGAAAUAAGAUAAUUAGUAUCUUGAAAGGACUGUAUGAAAGUAUUUUCAAAGGUCUGUUAUUGCAUUGUCAGUUUUCUGGAAAGAUUACUUAUAAAACCAUCAUCUGGUGAUGCAAAAUAAAAUUGAUGUUGUAUAUAAAAUCUAUUUUAUUGUUUUUAUUUAUUUUUUUACUAAUUUAAUAUUUGAAGGGAUUACCUCUUAAAAGCUUUACCACAUUUGGUAUCAGUUUUAAGCAACUGAUUACUUAACAAGUAGCACAUUUGUUUGUGAAGGAAUUGGUUGAGUAGGUACUUAGAAUUAAUAAAUGACCUGUGUGUAAGAUUUGGUUUUGUAAUUUUGAGCCCUAAUGACAGAUGCCAAGUAGGUAUCUCCAGGUGAGAAGUAUUUAAUUGCAUAUUGAGGCUUCUUUUAAUAUGUAAAUUUCAGCCUUAAGUGUCCUUUAGAAUGGAGUGAUGGUAGAUUGUAUUUCACUUGAGAAUAAAUGUCUGUGUAUAUGUAUUUAAAUUAUUUUUCAAGAUUGACUUAAGUUUAAAUUUUGGGCAUUAAUAACACCACUUAGCAUUCUGAUAUAUCGUAUUAUUUUAACAUAUCGUGGAUGUACUAAAGAUAAAACAUCUUUAAUGUAUUGCUUUUUAACUUAAAUAUUGCGUCUUAGUAAGUUUUAAUAGCCCCUGUUGUAAAUGAUUGUAUAAUGUUUUGUGCCGUAGGUGUGUCAUAUUAUUUUUAUGUUCUGGUUUGUUUCAUAUGUAAAUCUCAGUGAGAGGAACGUUUGUAUCUAUUCUGUUGUCUGUAUGCAGUAUUAUUUACUUGUAUAUUGUGAGGAAUCAUUUUUAAGUACAUUUGAAAGACUUAAAUGUUUAUCAAAAGGAUAUAUUAUAUUUCCAUUGGAGUGGUUGCCGUUUUAUAUCUCAAACAUUGAAUAUUAUAAAAACCAUCAGUAGGCUGCAAAAUAUAUUGUUCCAAUUUAAUUUUUACAAAGAUAAAUUUGCUGUGUGCUAGUAGAUGCAUUUCUCUUUGGAGCUGCAGGAAAACCUUAAUAUUAGUUGGAUAUCUUGGUGUGGUUUUGUUCUUCAGAUCUUGUGAAAUUCCUCUUCUCAAGAAAUGUAAUACAUAAUAAGGUUAGUUAAUACAGUUUAGUUUUAAAAGCUUAAUUUAUUCAUUUUUUCAAACCAGAUUUGGCAUUGGAAUGAAAUGUGAAUCUCAGGAUUUUCCUCCAAACUGAUACCAAGUUUUGCUAGUAGAAACAUAGAAAUAAUUAACCUGAAGUCUCAAUGUAUGAACAGUGACAAUGAUGACAGAUAAAUACAGAUGCUUGGAAUUCAAAUACUAGGCGAAACACUUUUAAAAAGUAUUACCAGGCUUUUGAGAAGCACAUAUACAGAAUCCUACCUAUCUUAUUACUGGUAGAACUCAGCUAAAGGAGUUUAAAAGGUUCUAGUAUUCUCCAUGGCUGAAGCUGAGAGCCUGAAACCCUGAUGCUUAAGCUCUAUUCUAGAUCGUAGCUUCAACUACUUCAGGAUAUAAGGAAAGAGAUAAUAUUUCCACAAUGAUAGAUCUUUGGUUAUUCAGGUUUCCCAAUGAGUGGAUCAUGAUGACCGUAAUGUAGGGACUUGCCAUAGUAUGGCUGCUUCCCGAUCUACUCGUGUUACAAGAUCAACAGUGGGGUUAAACGGCUUGGAUGAAUCUUUUUGUGGUAGAACCUUAAGGAAUCGUAGCAUUGCUCACCCUGAAGAAAUCUCUUCUCAUUCUCAAGUACGAUCAAGAUCACCAAAGAAGAGACCAGAGCCUGUACAAAUUCAGAAAGGCAACAACAGUGGAAGAAGUGCUGAUUUAAAACAGCAAAGUACUCGGGAGUCAUGGGUAAGCCCUAGGAAAAGAGGACUGUCUUCUUCCGAAAAGGAUAACUUAGAAAGGCAGGCUGUAGAAAAUUGUGAGAGAAAACAAACAGAACCUGUUUCACCAGUUUUUAAAAGAAUUAAACGUUGUCUUAGAUCUGAAGCACCAAACAGUUCAGAGGAAGAUUCACCUAUAAAAUCAGACAAGGAGUUGGUAGAACAGAAGAGUACAGUAGUGGACAAUGAUGCAGAUUUUCAAGGAACUAAACGAGCUUGUCGAUGUCUUAUACUGGAUGAUUGUGAGAAAAGGGAAAUUAAAAAGGUGAAUGUAAGUGAACAGGGGCCACUUAAUUCUGCAGUAGUUGAAGAAAUCACAGGCUAUCUGACUGUCAAUGGUGUUGAUGACAGUGAUUCAGCUGUUAUAAACUGUGAUGACUGUCAGCCUGAUGGGAACACUAAGCAAAAUAGUACUGGUUCCUAUGUGUUGCAGGAAAAAUCAGUAACUGAAAAUGGGGAUUCAAAUACCAAAACUUCAAUAUUCCUUGAUAGUAGGAAGGAGGACAGUUAUAUAGACCAUAACGUGCUUUGCACAAAAUCAGAAGUGCAGGUCAAGUUGGAGGACCACAAAAUAGUAACUGCUUGCCUGCCUGUGGAACAUGUUAAUCAGCUGACUACUGAGCCAGCUACAGGCCCGGUUUCUGAAAUUCAGUCAUCUUUAAGGGAUUCUGAGGAAGAAGUAGAUGUGGUGGGAGAUAGCAAUGCCUCAAAAGAGCAGUGUAAAGAAAACACCGGUAACGUCCUGGACGCAGCUCUUCAAAGUAUGCCGCUGUCUGGAGAACCGGAACCAUCCUCUGUUCUAGACUGUGUUUCAGCUCAAAUGAUGUCUUUAUCAGAACCUCAAGAACAUCGUUAUACCCUGCGAACUUCACCACGGAAGGCGAUACCCAGAGCUAGUCCCACUAAAAGCAGUUCUCCUUGCAGAGAAAAUGGACAAUUUGAGGAGAAUAAUCUUAGCCCCACUGAAACAAAUCCAACUGUUAGUGAUAAUGUAAGAGAGUCUCCCACAAAUCCUGAUGAAAUUUCUGAAAACCGAAAGGAUAAAUGUGACUCUCAUAACUAUGGAAGUGAUGGUCUAAGUAAACCACCCUCAGAGGCAAGACUGAAUAUUGGACAUUUGCCGUCUGCCAAAGAGAGUGCCAAUCAGCACAUUACAGAAGAGGAAGAUGAUGAUCCUGAUGUGUAUUACUUUGAAUCAGAUCAUGUGGCACUGAAACACAACAAAGACUAUCAGAGACUGUUACAGACGAUUGCUGUACUUGAGGCUCAGCGUUCGCAAGCAGUCCAAGACCUUGAAAGUUUAGGCAAACACCAGAGAGAAGCACUAAAAAAUCCCAUUGGAUUUGUGGAAAAACUUCAGAAGAAGGCUGAUAUAGGGCUUCCGUAUCCACAGAGAGUUGUUCAGUUGCCUGAGAUUGUAUGGGACCAGUAUACAAAUAGCCUUGGGAAUUUUGAAAGAGAAUUUAAAAAUCGUAAAAGGCACACUAGGAGAGUUAAACUAGUUUUUGAUAAAGUAGGUUUACCUGCUAGACCAAAAAGUCCUUUAGAUCCCAAGAAGGAUGGAGAAUCUCUUUCAUACUCUAUGUUGCCUCUGAGUGAUGGUCCAGAAGGCUCAAGCAGUCGUCCUCAGAUGAUAAGAGGCCGCUUGUGUGAUGAUACCAAACCAGAAACAUUUAACCAAUUGUGGACUGUUGAAGAACAGAAAAAACUUGAACAGCUUCUGCUGAAAUACCCUCCUGAAGAAGUAGAAUCGCGACGCUGGCAGAAGAUAGCAGAUGAACUGGGCAACAGGACAGCAAAGCAGGUUGCAAGCCGAGUUCAGAAGUAUUUCAUAAAGCUAACGAAAGCUGGCAUUCCAGUCCCAGGCAGAACACCUAAUUUAUAUAUAUACUCCAAAAAGUCUUCAACAAGCAGAAGACAGCACCCCCUUAAUAAGCAUCUGUUCAAACCUUCCACCUUUAUGACUUCACAUGAACCGCCAGUGUAUAUGGAUGAAGAUGAUGACAGAUCAUGUUUCCAUAGCCACAUGAACACUGCUAUUGAAGAGGAAUCCGAUGAAGAAAGUAUUCCUCUCAUGUAUAGGAAUUUACCUGAAUAUAAAGAACUAUUACAGUUUAAAAAAUUAAAGAAGCAAAAACUUCAGCAAAUGCAGGCUGAAAGUGGAUUUGUGCAGCAUGUUGGCUUCAAGUGUGAUAACUGUGGCAUAGAGCCCAUCCAGGGUGUUCGGUGGCACUGCCAGGAUUGUCCUCCAGAAAUGUCUUUGGAUUUCUGUGAUUCUUGUUCUGACUGCCUACACGAAACAGAUAUCCACAAGGAAGAUCACCAAUUAGAACCUAUUUAUAGGUCAGAGACAUUCUUAGACAGAGACUACUGUGUGUCCCAGGGCACCAGUUAUAAUUACCUUGACCCAAACUACUUUCCCGCCAACAGAUGACAUGGAAGAGAACAUCAUUUACUAGUCCUCUUCAAUACAUAGCAAUGGUAUCAUUGUUAAGUAUGUACGCAGUUUGGAAAGAUUCUCUGCUUUCCCUGAAAUGACACUCACAGCAUGAGAGCUUCCUGAGUGUUCUCGUCAAGUCAAGCUCUGCACAGUUGUGGCUCUAGAUCACUGUCCAGCAGCUGAACAUUCCUGGUGAGCAAAGGGUUUCCUGGUGAGUUUUCACCACCACUUUAAAAGCCUUUUAGGUGGUGAUCUUAAAUAGGUGAGAUGGAAACGAGAGCACACUUGAAAGUGAGAGUAAAUUCCAAAGGUUUCAGAGUUCUUGGUCAUAAAUAUAAGGAGAAGACAAAGUAUUUAUAUUAAAAACAGUUUAGUAGCUUUCAGUUUUGUGAAAAUAGUUUUCAGCACAGGAACUGACUUCUUUAGGCAAAGUUUUAACCAAUGAUGGUGUUUGCUUCUAGGAUAUCCAUUUUAAAAGAACUCACUGUCCCAGUGAUGGUCAUUGUUGGCCUUUAGUAAAUUGGAGCUGCUUAACCAUAUUGAUAUAUCUAAUUUCUUUUAACCACAAUGAACUGUCCUUAUUACCAACAGCGAAGCACUACAGGAGGCAACUGUGGCACCGCUUCCUUAACCAGCUCAUGGUGUGUGAAUGUUAUAAAUUGUCACUCAGAUAUAUUUUUUAAAUGUAAUGUUACAUAAAAUGAUCAUGUGAUGUGUACAAACUACGGUGAAAAGUGCCAGUGGUAGUAACUGUGUAAAGUCUAAUUCACAACAUUAGUUCCUUUAAAAUACACAGCCUUCUGCCUCUGUAUUUGGAGUUGUCAGUACAGCUCAUUCAAAGAAAACUGCCUAAUAUAAAAUCAUAUAUAUGGUAAUAAUUUCCCUCUUUUGUAGUCUGCACAAGAUCCCAUAAAAGAUUGUAUUUUUAUUACUAUUUAAACAAGUGAUUAAAUUUAGUCUGCACAGUGAGCAAGAGUUCACAUGCAUUCUUUUAUACUGCUGGAUUUUGUUGUGUAUCAUUUAAAACGUUUUGUAUGUUUCUUCUUAUCUGUACACAGUAUGUUCUUGAAUAAUGUUCAUUUGUCAGGAGAACUGUGAGAAAUAAACUAUGUGGAUACUGUCUGUUUAUAUUA